UUGAGCAUUAAAUUUUGAAAAACAAAAAUCACCUGGGAGAAAGCUAGGGUUUUAGAGAGAUUGAGAGAGAGAGACAGAGAGAAAGAGAAAGAGAUGGACGUUUUGAUCGCGCUGGUUAAUCGUAUCCAAAGAGCUUGCACUGUUCUCGGAGAUUUUCCCGAUGAUCGGAAUUCUCUCCCGUCGCUUUGGGACUCCCUCCCGACGAUCGUCGUUGUUGGCGGUCAGAGUUCUGGAAAGUCUUCGGUGUUGGAGAGCUUUGUUGGCCGUGAUUUUCUGCCCCGGGGAUCAGGGAUUGUGACAAGGAGGCCUUUGGUUUUACAACUGAAUAAGAUAGACGAGGGACAACAAGACUACGCUCAGUUUCUUCACACUGGGAAUAAAAAGUUUACUGACUUUUCUGCUGUAAGGAAAGAAAUUGAGGAUGAAACUGACAGAGUGACUGGAAAGAAGAAGCAGAUUUCUCCGCUGCCUAUUAAUCUUAGCAUUUACUCACCAAAUGUUGUGAACUUAACGCUGAUUGAUCUACCUGGUUUGACUAAGGUUGCUGUAGAGGGGCAACCAGAUGGUAUCGUUCAAGAAAUAGAGAACUUGGUUCGUUCAUAUGUGGAGAAGCCAAAUUGCAUUAUAUUAGCUAUAACUCCUGCUAAUCAAGAUGUUGCCACAUCUGAUGCGAUGAAGCUUGCUCGGGAAGUUGAUCCCAAAGGUGAAAGGACAUUUGGUGUGUUAACAAAGCUUGAUUUGAUGGAUAAAGGAACAAAUGCACUGGAUGUUCUUGAAGGAAGAUCAUACCGGCUUCAACACCCUUGGGUUGGAGUUGUCAACCGCUCACAGGCUGAUAUUAACAGAAAUGUUAAUGUCAAUGCUGCACGCCUUAGUGAGCGCGAAUUUUUUGCCACCAGUCCUGAUUAUGCACACAUACAUGGCAGAUUGGGGUCAGAAUAUCUUGCAAAACUUCUCUCAAAGCAAUUAGAGACAGUUAUUAAAGCUCGUUUACCAGGUAUUACGUCCAUGAUAAGCAAAAGAAUUGAAGAUCUUGAAGCAGAGUUGGAUCAUCUUGGUAGACCUACAGCUAUAGAUGCCGGGGCCCAGUUAUACACCAUCCUGGAGCUCUGCCGUGCAUUUGAUAGAAUCUUCCACGAGCACCUUGAUGGAGGGCGACCAGGAGGAGACCGGAUCUAUGAAAUUUUUGACUAUCAGCUUCCAUCUGCUCUCAAGAAGCUUCCGUUAGAUCGUCAUCUUUCACUACAGAAUGUAAAGAGAGUGGUUUGUGAGGCAGAUGGGUACCAACCCCAUUUGAUAGCCCCUGAACAAGGUUAUAGACGCCUUAUCGAAGGCGCUUUAAAUUUUUUUCGAGGCCCAGCUGAAGCUUCAGUUGAUGCAGUUCACUUCAUUCUCAAGGAACUUGUUAGGAAAUCUGUCGGAGAAACUAAGGAGUUAAAACGCUUCCCAACUCUUCAAGCAGACUUGGCAGCAGCUGCCAAUGCAGCACUAGAGAGGUUCCGUGAUGCAAGUAAAAAGUAUGUCUUGUUCCUCGUGGACAUGGAAUCUAGUUAUUUGACUGUAGAUUUCUUCCGUAGACUUCCUCAGGAAGGGGAAAGAGUAGGAAAUCCAACUGCUGCUGCUGUGGAUAGAUACACAGAGGACCACUUCAAGGCAAUAAGUACCAAUGUAUCCUCUUAUAUUAGCCAGGUGUGUGAUAGUUUUAGGAGGACAAUUCCAAAAGCGGUUGUUCAUUGCCAAGUUCGUCAAGCCAAACAAGCUUUAUUGGAUCACUUCUACACAAAAGUGGGGAGAUACGAGACCGCGGAGUUUGCACGACUACUUGAUGAAGAUCCGGUAUUGUUGGAGAGAAGGCAGCGUUUUGCAAGGAGACUGGAUUUAUAUAAAUCUGCGAGGAACGAAAUUGAUUCAGUACUGUGGGCAAGAUGAGAUGUAUAUUCUGUAAAGCUUCCUUCUGCUGAUUUGUUGUCUUCAACUAUGGUUGUCAAGGUCAAAUGAUUGAGCAGUAUUUUACUCUUCAGUCUGGCUUUAGUUUUAUUCAUAUUAUAAAUUGAUAGAGGUAGUUCUACUAUAUGUAGUUUUUUUCCCCCGGAAUUAUAAGUUUUAAUUGGAUUAUAUAGUGAAAAGAUUGGCAUUGAAUUGUAUAAGGCUAUUGGCUUGAUAUUCACCCUUUUUUCAAAA